CCAUGAAUAACCAACCCUCUGCUUCGAAUCCAGGAUCAAACACUAGUGACACAAGUCCUGCGGCUAAUAACGGCAACAACACUCCGAUCGCCAACAUGUCGACCAACUCUAAUAACAGCAGCGGGACCUCCAAUAGCCCGACGCCCAACGGAAACGGCACAUCCAAUUCCAGUGAGAAGAGGAGUUCGCCCAUAGAUCAGUCCUUGUCUUCAAAAUAUAAUCCCAAACAUGUGUGUCGAGUGUGCAAUAAACCAUUCUCUAGUGGUUCCGCACUUCAGAUACAUAUGCGGACGCAUACGGGCGACAAACCCUUCAAAUGUCAAAUUUGUGGCCGAGCUUUCACCACCAAGGGCAAUUUGAAGGUUCAUAUGGGAACUCAUAUGUGGAGUAAUGGUUCCUCGCGAAGAGGUCGGCGAAUGUCUAUAGAUUUGCCAAAUUUGCAUAUUUCUCCCCCAAAACAACUCGAGUUUGGCUCUCGGACUGGGACUGAGAUACUGAUGGCUCACUUCAACUGAUAUUCUCCUCUAAGUUAUUAUUAAACCAAAUAUAAUAUACAUAACAAUGAAUUGCUUUUACAAAACAAAUCUAUGAAAAAUAAGUUUUCAUUAUUAAGUCAUUACUUUAUACAGUAC